GCACAGCUGAUCAUUAAAGCUGCCGCUGGCCAGUCAAACUUUCACGCUCGGUGAUAGCCGAGCUUCGUGCAUUGGAAACACGUCGAGAACUUCAAGGUCCGCGAGAGGUUCGCCGGAAAUCGAUCGGUCGAUUUUUCUUUAAUCGCGGUGGUGUUGCGUCUCGUUGUCAUCUCGUUGUCGUCAAACCAGAUAUCAUUUAAAAUUGCCGCCAGUGUGUUGGACAAAGUUAUUUUCAAUAAAAAAAAGACAAAGAAAGAAGUCCCGGGUGGAAGGUGAGGAAAUUCGGUGCUAGUGUCGCGGAGGGACGCGUUCGAAGGUGCUCGAGCAAGACUAUCGAACGACGAUCGAUAGCUUGGCGGGUGGAACAAAUUUGUUUUGCAGAAAUGAUACGUGGAAUUGUGACGAACGAGUUGAUGAGAAAGAAAGAAAACUCUGGUACUUGGUAGGGGAGAAGAAGAAAGUCGAAGGCGAAGAGCAAGACGUCGGCGUCGGAGAUGGAAUAAAGGAGCACGGAAACAAACUGGCAGCGACUGGCAAUGCCGGUUCUUGUGAAAAAAUAUUGACUAACUAAGCUGGUUCCUCGAAAUUCCACUGACAAGCUGUGACGAAGAAAAGAUACUCACGCUUCCCAAGUACUAUUGUAACGGUCCAAGGAAAAAGAAACAAAAGGAUCCCAUGGUUGACCGAUGGUCAUUUUUCAGACGAUCAUUACAAUAAUAAUGGAUCAGCCUCUUGUUCGAGUCGUCGUGUAUUGAAAGACCAGCCAGAAGACUGACAACCGUACCUUCAACGACUCAUUGUCAGCGGCGAAAAUUGUUAAAUCAUCGAAUUGAAUCGAAAGGACGAAAGAUCGAAGGAAAACAGGAGAAGAUGAGAAACUAACGUAAGAACGAGUCGUGUUUGACGAUGUUUUGUAACGUUUCUUCCAAUAACAACCUCUGCUAUUUGGAGACUAUACACGAGACUUGUUUCAUCGUCGACGGAUAAGAACGGCACAUAUAGUAUAUACUAUUAUAGUAUCGUACAUAUUAUCGAACCAACUAAGAAACGAGAAAAUGACGAGUCCGAUCGAACGAGUCGUUGUUCUCCUGAUGGUUUUCUGGGUUUGCGAUAUCGCAAAGGGAUACAACGUACUACUGGCGACGAUGGGUGGCACGAAAUCGCACACCGUGCCAUUUGUCGCUCUUGGCAGCAGCUUGAAGGCUAAAGGUCACAACGUAACUCUUCUGAGCGCGUUUCCUGGACCUGCUGCGAACAGUGGGCUGCAGGAGUUCGUUCCGCCCAUCCUCGAGGCUUACGUUGGGAAUUACACGUCGGAAUGGGACCUGGUAGGUGCGAGAUUUCGCGAUGAAAUGCCUAUUUCUCCCUGGGAUGCGAUGCGAUAUGCCUGGGAGGCUUGCGAGGCACUUCUCCGAGACGAACUGUCGGUCUCGUGGCUGAAAAAACCUGAGGGCAAUCCUCGUGCUCGGUGGGACGUCGCGGUUAUAGACGGAGCUUACCCCGAGUGCCUUCUCGGAGUCCUUCACGGGGAAAAUGUACCCACGAUUAUGUUGAAUACGGUCGCCUUGUACAGCGGUUCGAUAGGACGCCAAGGGAAUCCGUCACCGUGGUCGAUCACUCCCUAUUUUGGCAAAUCCUUCACGCAGGAUAUGAACUUUUUCCAACGGGUCGUGAACGCUGCUUGCCUGGUCACGCUUAGAAUUAUGCACUGGAUUAUGGUCACGGGGUACAUUCAACCGAUUCUACGAAAAUAUUUGGGAGAUCGGUUGCCCGACGUACGAGACCUGACAACAGAGAUACCGCUCACUUUACAAAAUAGUCACUAUAGCGUCUCUGACUCUGUUCCUUAUUUAUCGAACGUCGUAAACGUCGCGUGCCUUCAUUGCAAUUCAGCGACGCAACUCAGCCCCGAUCUAGAGACGUUCUUGCAACGGGGUUUCAUUUUCGUCUCUAUGGGUUCGUCGGUUCGCGCGUCAGGGAUGCCAGAGGCUCUUCGUCGCAUCUUCGUGGCAGCCUUCGCCACGCUCCCUUACAACGUCAUAUGGAAAUGGGAAGCCGGAAAGAUCAAAGACCUGCCUUCAAACGUCAGAACGGCGGCGUGGUGGCCGCAGCAAGACCUGCUCGGACAUCCGCAGCUCCGAGCGUUUGUCUCUCACGGAGGAUUGCUGUCUCUUCACGAAGCCGCUUAUCACGGUGCUCCGACCCUUGUUCUGCCCGUUUUCUGCGAUCACGAUGGAAACGCGGCGCAAGCGGAGAAAUUAGGCUACGCUCUUGUGAUGGACCUAGCCAGUAUAUCAGUGGGAGAUCUUCGCGAAGGCAUCCUCAAGGUGGCCGCGGCGCAAAACAAUUCAUAUCGAACUGCAGCGGAAAAGAGAAGCUCUCUACUGCGAGAGUUGCCAAUCAGUCCCCGAAAAUUAGCGACUUGGUGGGUAGAACACGUUAUCAAGUACAAAGGUGCCGAACAUUUAAAAAGCUCUACAAGGCAUAUGAGCAUCAUCCAGUAUUACUCCAUCGAUGUGGUGAUAUUUUACGCAACGAUGUUCGCGUUACUAACAUAUGGACUGAAAAAGUUAUGCUGGAGGACGAUAUCCAAACAAGCUAUUAUCAGAAAGAAAGUAGACUAAAACGUGUUGGUUUUACAGUGAUUCGUGUGAACUUUUUAUAUAUAUUUAUUGUGAUGUAUGCAUAUUAUAAUCUACAUACAUAUAUAAAUUGCCCCUUCGAAUGUAAGCACAUAAAACUGUAAAAAUGAUGAAAUUGUAACGAAAGUAUUUUUGAUGUACAGAUUCAAAAAAUAAUGCAUUUGAAAUUUUGAUAUUUUUUCUGAAAUGAUAAUAUCCAGGUAACGUACACAUUGUACGUCCGUCGGUAAAGUAGACUCUUUGUUGACGGCAUUAACUACCGUUCAUACAGCAGUUUACAAAACACGUUUAUAAUUUACGAUGUUUACACACAGCAAGCGUGUCUAACGAUUAUCUAACAAUAUUAAUCAACGGUACGUAAAAGCAUCGUACUACAUCCGACGCAUAAAGAAAAUGAAAAUCGAGGCUUUGCUUGUUUACGGUGCCGAUUGCAUAAUAGACAAUUUAUUCCUCAAAAAAGUAACAAUUGCAAUUUCAUGUAACCUAAUUGUAUAAAAACGAGCCAAUGUAAACAAGAAAAGUGCGGUCUUAUAACCUUAGCAAAGUCAAAUAUAAAAAAAUGUUUGUCG